CGGCAUCAAAAUCUCCAUAUAACUCCAUCUAUUUCUUCAAUGUAUCCCACAAAAAACAAAAGGCGCACCAACACAAUAUACCUACAUAACUACGCCCAGCUAUUUUCGUCAUUUAUACCCUUAGGGGGCGCGACGAUACACCAUUCAUAUAUAAUUGACAUUCACUCCCACACGAUCUCCGACUCCUACCGCGAAGCAAUGGCCAACCGGGGGCCUGAGUCCAGCGCCAGGAGAGCACCCAGGGCCGACGGGGAAUCGACAUUGGGGUGGGCAAUUCAAGAGCAUCUGUCUUCAGUGAAGACGAACUGAAUCGGCUACUCGGUUAUGAGUAUGCUAGCACCUGGUGUAGCCCUCCCGCACGACAACCCAGUGGUGGUAGAUCUUAGCAGAAGGAUAAACGAAGACACUCACAACCUCACUCUCCGCUACCAAAAACACCUCGACACAUUUUUCCAAUGUGGAAGCAGCAUUAGCAAAAAUGGGCUAAUACUUGACAGACUCGUUUUCGCCACCGCCGGGCUCUUCGCGAAGCACAACGGGCACUACCUCAACAUCAUACAUCUCGAUCCGAUACUAGCGCGCUUGCAUGGGCGGAAUAUCCAAGAGUUUGCACCCAACCGCGCCCGAUUGCUGGCAUGCCGUCAGUUCAUGGGAUUUCUCCGCCGGUGCUCGAGUUUUCGUUCGAUAUGACGAAGGUUAUCGUCAACCUUUUCUUCAGCACUUCUAGGACUUCCCCAUAGUGUUUUUCCAUGGUGGGGUCCUCCCAUAAGUUACCUUGAUGAUAGGGUCGCCACAUUGUGUGUGAUCCCGAGGUUUGGCUGUUUUGAUUGAGAAGAAGUGGGAAUAUCUGAAAGAGUUUGACGAUGGGGAGAGAUUGCUUGCUGCGGCCGAUUGUAAUUUCCCUCACUUUUCUAUCUUACCGAGACGGUUCUAGCGAGCUGUUUCUAGUUUCCUUUCGUUUAUGGACUGGGGAGGAAGGCGUUAUCCAAGGGUUCCAAUAGGCCGCGUAUUUACAGAUCUGGAGCUCAGGAGGAUAAAGCGUGGAAAUCUGCUAGAAAUACCUCCGCGAGUUGGAGUGGGGAUGGGGACAUAGUUCCAGGGUUUUGCUCCCCUCUAUCGAGCCCACAGCUUUCGGUGGGGUAUGAUAUCACAGAUAUCAGGAGACUAGAUUUGUGUGAGUGAGGGCUUGUGAACCAGCCUAAUUGCAGCGGGGAUGGCACCUAAUUGCAUUCUGUUUGCUGUA